AUGGAUUCAGUUACGAGUACUGAUGGUGUAACUUUAGAUAUUAAUAUGAGACAGGAAAAUGUUUUAAUGGAGAUUAUCAAAGAAGUAUGCUGGGAGAAUAAACUAUCUCAAAAGUUGAAGGGCAAAGUUAACAAAAUAAUAGCCGAUUGUGAUCUCAAACAUUAUUCUAGUCUACACAAGUUAAGUGCUAGCGAUGAAAGUACUGCUACAGUACUGGGAUUUAUGCAUCAAACAGCAUCAGAACUAACUUUUGAUGAGCAAGCAGAAUUCAAUCAAGCUGUAAUACAAAAAAUUCAAACAAAACUACCACCGUUUAUAUCAGAGUUAGAAAACCUGAAACAAUCAACUGCUACCGGCAAGAAAAGCAACAAAACUCAGAUUAAAGAACUUCAAGAAAGUCUAGAUGAAAAAAUGAACACUUUAGAAGAACAGGAAAGUGAGAAGGUUGAGCUGAUGAUGGAGUGGCUCAAUCAUCGCCUUCAUGAUGUCACACAGUUUGGAAAUAAUUCAAGUGAAUUUUUGACUCUGAAAACAAGAAUUCUGGAUCUAAAAUCUAAAAUCCUGCACCUUCAAAUCCUGCAGAACAUCUUCUCAGAAACUAACCAAUCCAUUCUGGCAUAUGGUGAGGUUCACAAGGACCUAAAGGACUCAAUCAAAGAGACGGAACAAAGAAUUAAAAAUUAUAGAGAAAUAAUACAUAAUGAUAUUUAG